UGUUUGUAUUAGCAAGUUCAAUGUACCCUCAAAAUAAGUGCCUCUUCUACGUUAAUAAUUAUUGGGUCAAAUUCUAAUUUUCGUUUCAAACCCCCAAUAUCAAUAUGAUAUGAGCUUAAUGAAUUGGUAUUUAACUGAACGCGUGAUAGUUCAAUAGAUUACAAAAGUGGUGUUUAAUUAAACCCCCAACUUCAAAACUGGCUGAUCUUUGGUUUAAUUCUCCAGAUGAUUCCUACCCCUCUCCUCCGCCAGAAUCUCGACCCCGACGGAGAAUGGACUUUCUUCACCUCAAAGGCGCCUCCACCGCUGCCGCUGCCGCUGCCGAUAGUACAACCAGUGCUUCGUCGUCGUCGUCGUCUGGUGGACGCAAACGCCGCAGUAUGCAUUCGGUUUCAAGGAGGUGUGAAAAUGAAGAGCAUGAAAACAGGGGACAGAGGAAAGAUGAUGAUGAUGAUGAAGAUAACGUUGUUGUUGAUGAUGAUGUUAAAUAUGGAGUUACUUCUGUUUGUGGAAGAAGAAGAGAAAUGGAGGAUAUGGUUUCUGUUCAUCUUUAUUUUACUAAUGAAAAGAAUCUACCCCAAAUUCCCAUUCACUUUUUUGGGGUCUUCGACGGCCAUGGCUGCUCUCAUGUUUCGAUGAGCUGUAUGAAUCGAAUGCAUGAAAUAGUGAAAGAAGAGAUUGAUGAAAACGAAUUAGAAGAAACAGAGGAGUGGAAGAAAAUAAUGAAGAGAAGCUUUAGGCGUAUGGAUGAGGAAGUGAUGAAGGAGUACUCAAAUAAUAUUAAACAGAGAGAUGCUGCCGUUGCCGGCUCCUCCUCCUCCUCCUCCUCCUCCCACAAUAUUAGUUGCAGAUGCGAACUCCAAACUUCUCAUCAAUAUGACACCGUCGGAUCAACUGCUCUGAUUGUGUUAUUGAUGCCCCAUAAGCUCAUCAUCGCCAACUGCGGCGAUUCCCGCGCCGUCCUUUCCCGGAAAACUACUGGAAUCCUCCCUCUUUCCUCCGACCAUAAGCCGGAUCGACCAGAUGAAUUGUCGAGAAUAGAAUCUGGAGGUGGGCACGUGAUCCAUUGGGAAGGGGCGAGGGUGUUGGGAGUUUUAGCAAUGUCAAGAGCGAUAGGCGACAGUUCUUUAAAACCUUACGUAAUAUCAGAGCCGGAGGUGGUGGUAAUGGAUCGAAGAAUGGAGGAUGAGUUUAUCAUACUGGCUACUGAUGGCUUGUGGGACGUCGUUACAAAUGAAACUGCGUGCGACGCAGUUCGAACAUGCAUGCGAGCACAGCGAGCGUCCUCGUCGUUGUCUUUGUUAGAAGAAUCAUCUGGUUCUAUGGGCGGCGGCUCUGACAAAACAUGUUCUGACGCCUCUAUCUUGCUGACAAAGUUGGCGAUCGCCAAGCAUAGUUCAGAUAACAUUAGCAUUGUGGUUAUAGAUUUGAGAAAUACACAUCAUCAUCAUCAUCACCACCACCACCACCACCACUGCUAAAGCAUCGAGACUAGCAACAGAUUGAAUUGGAAUUUUGUUUUUGUUCUUCUUCCUGUUUUGUUUUGUUGGUUGUUUUUCAUUAUAAAUUUCAUUUUGGGGUUGUAUUUUUAACAAAUGUUUUGAAAUAAAAUAAAAUUGAA